AUGGAAAAUUUAUACUUUUCAGAUAUUAACACAACUUUAUUUUUAAGGCAUUACAAUAAUCACUUACUUUUAAUUAAUGGAAAUAAAAUAAAAUUUUAUAACUAUGAGGAAAAUAAAAAUAUCGUGAGGGCACAUAAUAUUGGGAUAUAUAGUAUUAAGGAGGCUGAUAAGAAUGAAAAGAUUGUUUAUGUUUCAAAUAAUAUAAAAUUAAAGAGAAGAUUAAAAGGUAAAAAAGAAGAGGAAGAUAUAAAAAAGAAUGAUUCUUUUAAAGGUAAUGAUUUAGUUAGUUCGAAUAAUGAUGAGCCAAACGAAAAAAAUAAAGAAAAAGAACAAAACAAAGUAGAAAUAGAAAAUAAUAACAAUAUAAAUGAUGAUGUCCUACCUACGUCUGGUUAUUCUAAUACUUCCAAAGAUGUUAUCAUAAAAGAUGAAAAACUAAAUUAUGUUUGUAUAGCAUUUGAAGAAGGUAAUGUAUGGUUAUGCUAUCAAGAUGAUGAAUAUAAAUUAUUUAAUUAUGAGAAAUUAAUAUACAGAAAAGUGUGUGAUAUAGUAAAGAUUGAACUAUUUGUUAUAAAGAAUUAUUUGAAUGUUUUUAUUUUAUAUAAAGAUUAUACUCUAAUAUUAUAUAGUGAGAAAUCACAAAAUGCUAUAAAAAUUCCGAUACAUGAAUAUACCUAUAAUUUCUGCUUAAGUCAUAAUUAUAAAAAUUUAGCUAUUUUUAAUCAUGCUAAUUUGUAUAUAUAUGAUAUUUAUCAGAGUGAUGUAUUUCAUAUAUUACAUGAUAAGGAUAACUCAGGAAGUACAAAUGUUAAUAGUAAUAAUAAUAAUUUUAUAGAAAUUAAUAAUAUAUUCGAUUUAUCAAAAAAUUAUAAAUAUCUACUAAAUUGUGAUUGGCAUCCAAAAAAUCAUUGUAUUGCUUUAUGUGGAAAAAAAAAUAUAAGAUAUUUAACUUUAUAUAACUAUAAUGUUUAUGAAUUUACAUCCUUACCUAUACAUGAGACAAUUAUAAAUUCAAUGAAAUUUAUUACUAUAUCAAAUAAUAUCACUUUAUUAAUAUCUUUAAGUUCUUCAGAUUAUAUUUUUUCCAUAUGGGAAUUUGAACUAGAAUAUUGUAUAUACAAAUUUAAAAGUGAUUAUGCUAUAUCUUAUUUUGAUAUGUCCUUUUUUCAUAACCAUUUACAUAUAUCGAUGCUAGCUGAAGAAAAACAUCUAGCUAAUUUAAAAUUAUUAGAUAAAAAUAUUCUACAGAAAAUUGAAUGCAACCAAUCAGAUAAUGAAGACAAUAAUAUAUCAUUACAAGGUUCUUUCAAUGAUAAGAAUCCAUAUAAUCAUAACGCGGAAUAUGUACACCAACAAAACAUCUUUGCUGAUGAUAAAAAAAAUAUAAAUUUCGAUAAUAAAAAAGACAAUAAUUCACAUGAAAUGCAAGGAAUUAUUUAUCCAAACGGUACUGCACACACCAAACGGAAAAGUAAAAGAAACGAUGAUGAUAUUUUUAAUAGCUUCAGUAUCGAUCAUAAAAAGGAAGAAUACCUUUAUAAUAAUUAUGUAGAAAAAGAUAAAAUCACAAACGAAUAUGCAUCAGCUAGUGUACAAAAAAAAAAAAGAGUUAGUAUAUCCAUUAAUGAUAAUUUCAAUUCUACCAAUGUGAAAAGAAGAAAAAAAAAAAUAUUUUCUGAUGAUGAUGAAAGUGAAGAAUCCUUCCUUUCUUCUUACAAAAACGUCGAAAAGGAUAUUAAUGCAAAAGAUGAAAAAAUGAAAGAAAAUAAUAAGCGACAUAAACAGAAUAUACAUGAUAAGAACGAUAAUAAUUAUAAACAAGAUGAACCUAGUGAAAAUGCUAAACAAAACAUCAAUUUAAAUGAUGACAAUACUAAAGAUGAUGCUUCCAAUUAUAAUUACGAAGAAAGUGCAGAAUGUACCAUGAAAAAAUUACAUAAAUUAAGUAGUCAUCUAAAAACCUCAAAAGAAACAAAACAUAACAAAGUAAUAUCAAAUAUGUAUGAUGAUUUUGAAAGCAAUCAAACGAAUAUUCAACAUAAUGUUCAAACAGAUGAUAAAAGUAAAUAUGGAGAAGAUGAAAAUAUAUAUAACCCUAAGGAAUAUAAUCUUCAGAAUUUUAUUAAUAAAAAUAGAGAUGUGGUUAUUGAUAGAGAUGGUAAUUACCUAUUUGAUAAUGAUGACGAUCAAAGAAGUAUGAUUGGAUUUAAUACGUAUGUAAAAGAUAAAUUUGAUCAAUUAAGAGAGUUAAAAAAACAAGUAGACCAUUUACAAAAACAAAUAACAAAUUACACCAAAAUAAAUUUAGAUGAUUUUAUAGUUCUUGCUCCUGGAUUAUGUGAAGAACCAGAGAAUAUCAAUGAUCAAUGGUGUAUGUUUUGGAAUGAUAUAGGACAUAUAACAAAAAAAAAAGAAGGAAGUAAAACAUAUAUAUAUAUAUUUUUAUUUAGAGGUGAAGAAAUUGGGAAAAAAAAAAUUACAGAUAUUUAUAAUGUUACUAGUGCUUCUUUAAGUGCAUAUGGUUUUGCAUUAGCAUCUAAUCCAUAUGAAAAAUCUGGAAAUAAAAAUAAUAGUAUCUUAUGUUUUCAUAAUUUAAAAGAUAAUAUUAUAUGGAAUAAAUAUCUUCCAUCAGAUGAAUAUAUUAAAGGUGUUGCUAAUGGUAAUAAUUUUGUAGCAGUAGUAACAUCAAAUAACUUCUUACGUAUAUAUUCUACAUAUGGUUAUAUUAUUAAUACCAUUUUAUUGAAAGGUUUACCUGUAGCUAUAUGCGCUUAUGACUAUUUACUCUUUAUCAUUACAUGCCCAUAUAUAUAUGAAAAUGUUACUACAACAAAUAUAAAUAAUACAUAUACAUGUACACUUUACAAAAUUUAUGAAAAUUUUACAAAUCUAAAACCAAGCAAAUAUAAUACAUAUCAUAUAACAAUACUUUAUGAAGAUGUCUUAUCUCUGCCAUCAUGUCAUUAUUUAAACUGGGUUAAUAUGUCCAAUUUUGGUGUCCCUUAUGUUAAAGAUACAUCUAAUUAUAUAUAUGGUUUAUAUCCUAUAUUUAAAAAAAAUAAUCAAUUAGUAUAUGAUUGGGUACCUGUAUUUGAUAUGCAAAUUUUAAAUGAUCUAGAAAAUAAAGAAAAUAUGUUACAACUAAAUGAAAAUAAUCAACAUAUAUUAAAUGAAACAAUUAAUAAAAAUGAUAUUACAUCAAAUGAUAUUCAUUCACAGAAAGACGAUAAUGAAGAUUAUAUCAAUUCAAAUAUGAAAAAUGCAACACCCUCAAAAUUGAACCCUUUAAAAAAUAAAACAAACAAAUCUUCUAAUAAUCAUCGUAAUAAUGAAGGAGGUAUGCAAUUUUUAGAUGACGAAGUCGAAGUGGAUGAAGAAGAGAACGAUGGAUAUGACGAUGAGGAAGACGGAAAUGAAAAUUUUGACGAUGAAGAAGAUAGACCAAGAAUUAAUAAUAAUAAUAAUAAUGAUAUAAGUAAUAAUAAUAAUAAUGAUGAUGAAUAUACUAAUAAUGGAUGUAUUUAUUAUCCAUUAUACUUUGAUAACUUUGAACAAAUAUCAGUUAUAAAAUUACAAAAAAAUGAAAUAGAACCAAGAUCUAAUAAAAUCGAAAGUUGUCUUGGAUAUAAUGUUGAAAAAAAAUAUGUUGUUAUGAAUGAAUGUAAUCUAAUAUCUUAUGAAAAAUAUGUUAACUUAUUACAAAAAAAUCCAACUCUAUCUUUAGAUAAUGAAUCAAAUAACGAUGCAUCAGCAUUAUUACCUUGGGAACAAUAUGAUGAAAUGAGAUCUAGAAUUGAUCUUUUCUGUAAACAAUUAUUUGCAAAUAUGUAUCACGAUUAUAUGAAUGAUGGAAAAAAUAAAACAGCUAAUGAUACAUUAAAAUCGUUAAACAAAUUAUAUGACAAAUGGAUUAUGAGAAUGUUUGCUAUACUCAAAAAUGAUAAGAAAAAUCAAAGAUUAGCUGUUAAAGUUUCAAGCUUAUUUAAAAAUAUCAAAAAUAUGAUGCUCUCUAUUAGCUUAGUAGAUGAUGAAUAUAGUACUUUACAUAGUGAAAUUACAAACGAAUACUUAAAAAGACAAAAUAAAGAUGAAAAUUCUAAACACUCUCAGGAAAAUAUUAUUUAUUAUGAAGAUAAUAAAGAUGAUGAUCAAAGACGUAGAGAAAUGUAUGAAAAAUGUUAUACUAAUCAACAAAAUCUAUCAGAUGAUGAAAAGAAAAAUAUACCUGAUAUUAAAAGUACUUCUCAAAUAUAUAUCAAUUCAUCAAAAUCUUUUGUUGAAAAUAAAGAAAAAAAAGAAAAUGGAUUCUUAGAUAAAUUCUUUACAGGUGUUACUAAAAAUCAAGCAGUUGAUACUCUUUUUUCUCACGAUAAGAAAAAUACAAAAAUUAAAAAGAAAAGUACACUCGAAAGUUUUUUUACUGAAAUAAAAGAAAAUUGA